AUGUCAGGAAGGGGAAAGGGAGGCAAGGGCUUGGGAAAGGGCGGCGCUAAGCGUCAUCGGAAAGUGCUUCGCGAUAACAUCCAGGGCAUCACCAAGCCGGCGAUACGGCGGCUUGCCCGUCGAGGCGGCGUGAAGCGCAUCAGCGGCCUCAUCUACGAGGAGACUCGUGGCGUCUUGAAGAUCUUCCUCGAGAACGUCAUCCGUGACGCCGUCACCUACACGGAGCAUGCUCGCCGGAAGACGGUGACCGCCAUGGACGUGGUGUAUGCGCUCAAGAGGCAGGGCCGCACGCUUUACGGGUUUGGCGGCUAG